UAUGAUCAGAUAUUUUAUUUUAUCAGUAUUUUAUAACAUAGUUUGGUUAUUUUUAUAGUUUCUAUUAAAUGGUUCAGGAAGUUUGUAUUUUAUGUCGGUAAUAGCUAUCCAUUGUAACUGAGGUUAACAUGUGUGUUUAAUAUCACCUAAUAUAUCACAUUUUUGUAGAAUUCCACUAAUAUUAAUUAAGAAUAUAUAAGGAUUUUUGAAGAAUUUCGGCUUUGAAUAAAUUUUACUGAAGAUUUAUAUUAAAACAAUGGCUUGGUCAACUAGGAUUGCUGUCAUUAAUUUAUUAGUCAUAUUAUUCUCAUCUAUUAAUCUAACAGUAGCAAGACAACAUGUUGACCCAAUGCAGCACGAUUUACAAGUUGUAAAUUCAAAAACAUUUACAACGAAUGUUCAACUGGCUCGCCAAACAAAUGUAGUAGGAGCAUAUUUCUAUUCAACAGGAGACACUAACCUAACCUCAACAAUAAAUGAGUUAAACUCAGUAGCUAAGGAAUUGAAAGGGAUGAUUACGGUUGUCGCAGUUAAUUGUACUGACCAUUCACUGAAGAGUCUAUGUAAAAGUGAACUUGGAGAAGAAUACUCAACACCGGCAUUCAAGGUUUAUCCAAAAUUACCGAUGCCUCCAUUUGACUUCAAGAAACCACUUGUUAAAGAAGACGUGAAGAGAGAGCUUUUAAAACACCUGCCAUCUAAUGUGGAGAGGGUAGAGAUUGGAAUGUUGGCGCACUUCAUGACUAAGCAUGAAUUAAUGCCUAAGGUUCUGUUAUUUUCUGACAAGGAGCAUCCUUCAUAUGUGUACAAGGCACUUAGCAAUGCUUUCCAUAAAAAAUUGUUGCUGGGAUUUGUUGACGCUAACAAGCACCCAGAUUUAAAGAAGGAAUACGGUGUUAAGAGUUUGCCAGCGAUGGUUGUCAUUAAACCAAAUGGAAAACCCCAAAAGUAUAAAGGAGAGUUCAAGUACCUCCCAAUGUUCGAGUGGCUGAACGUAAAUGCAGAAGCUUUCUUACUCGGAGGAGGGUAUUCUGAUAAAGGAGACCCGGCAAAAGCUAAACCAUGGAAAUUCGAUAAAGUACCAAAAUUGAAUUUCCUCUCCCAUAAAGAUAUUUGUUUCAACAAAAAUCAGGGAUUCUGUAUCAUUUAUCUGACUGAUUCAGAAUUAAAACCGGGAGAGAAGGAGAUGUUGGUACAUUUGAGUGAAAAAUACACGGGACAAAUUCAUGGAAAGUGGAUGUGGAUGAACCUGUCGGAGGAGAAAGAAUUUGCGGAACUUUUCGAAGCUGUAAAGGUUCUACCCUCGGCAGUAGUGUUUAACCCGAAAAAGAGACUGAGGUACUUCCUCCACGACGGGAAUACAUCAGUAACGAAGAGUUCAAUGGAAAGAAUGCUGGAAAAAAUACUAGGCGGAGACGCAAGAUUCACACCAGUAAACGGAGAUCUCCCCAAAUUCAAUACAGAUGAUCUUUUAACCACAGAAGAAUUGUAAAUUUAUUUAUAAAAAUUGUAAGAUCAAUAUCGAAUGUGUUUGUAAA